AUUUAUUUUUCACUUCCUCUUUUGGAGUUUGGCACACACCCUUAUUCACACAUCACAUCUAGUUACUAGCGACUAAAAACCCCAAAGAUUGGCAAAAGGCAAAAGCCGAAGCUCCUUUGAUAGGAACUUAAACCCACAUAAUUUGUAAUCCCAAUUUGUGUUACAGUAUGAUUGAUUGAGGGGUUGAUCCUUUAAUCAUUUCCAAAUUUGUAAUCCCAAUUUUCUCAUCACAUCUGCCUUUAAAUAUAAAACCCACAUAAUUAAUCCUUAUUUUUUUUGAUUUCUGGGCACAUAAUCCACCCUUAGUUCUACGAUUAUCAGUAACAUUUUCUGGGUUCAUCUUUAAGUUUGUUCAAUUGAUUAAAAAAAUUAAACUUUUGAAGGUUUCCUUGCUUGGGAGAUUUCCAGCGUUUACAAGGAUGUCUACAACUUUGAAUCAGGAUUUCAUUAAACAGCUUGAGAAUGUUGGAGAAAGGCUUUUGGAGCCUCCCUCUUCUACUCCUCAGCUUUUGAAACUUCUUGAUGAACUGAUAUUACACAUGUCAAAGAUUGGGCAAUCACCACCUCCGCUAAUACAGGAGGCACUUCUGUCAACAAUUAAGGCCUUAAGUUCAGACAAUCUUAUGAGACAUUCAGAUGCUGAUGUACUGGUUACAGUUACAGCUUGUCUGCAUGAUAUCAUGCGGAUAUCAGCCCCGACAGCUCCAUACGAUGAUGAAAAAAUGAAAGAAGUUUUUGAGCUGAUAGUUUCAUCAUUUGAGAAACUAUCAUGUCCUCCUGGACGUUGUUAUACUAAGGCCAUCAUGAUUCUUGAAAGCGUUGCAAGGCUCCGAUCUUGUGUAAUGAUGCUGGACCUUGAAUGUGAUUCACUGAUCCUUAGGAUGUUUGAACUAUUCCAGAAACAUAUCAGCUCUAAUCAUCCUCAUACUGUGUUCCUGGCUAUGGAGAAAAUCAUGACUGUUAUGAUAAACGAAAGUGACACUGUCUCACAAGAGCUUCUAAAGGUUCUGCUAGAAAGCAUUAGAAAGGAAAACCAAGAUGCUUCACCGUUGUCUUUUAAAUUGGGUUCCAAAGUUGUUGAAGAAUGUUCAGAGAAGCUUAAACCGUUUAUCAUGGAAGCAGUAAAGUCAAUGGGAUACUGCUUGGACGAUUAUGCUCCUAUUCUUUCUUCGAUUUUGGAAAAAGCUGAUCAUCCGGUUGAUAGUGGGCUAACUGUUAAUGAGCUUCAGUUGGCAGAAUGUGGGCAGCCUUUGAAUUCUAUAGAACUCCAUGGCCAGAAUCCAGAAACAGAUUUGGAAAAUGCAUCCAAAAAGGAAGGAAUUCUCAAUUCUCAUAAUCCUGAUGAAGAGAGCUUGACAGGCAAUGGAAAAUUAUCUGGCGGAAGCCCUCAUAAUCACGUUAAAAGUAACUCGCCUGCACAAAAAAGCAAGAAACCUGGCCUUACAACAGAGGAUGAGCUGUCCAAGAGGGAUACUCUAGAAGCUGGUGAUCCGCAUAAAAAGAAGGUUAAUCUUGCAACUUCACUUGGUAGUAUCAGUGAUAAGAAGGGAAAGCCAAAAAAGGACACUUCGGGGGGAUCUAGAAAGAAGAGCACAUCAGCUUCAUCGAAAAAGGAUAAGACUUGGACGGAUGAUGCCGUGAAAUCACAGAAGAAGGAAGCCUCUUCAGAUGAUGAAGUCUAUGAGACUCCUCAUGGAAGAAAACAUUACAAAGAGGAUUUGAUUGGCUGUAGGAUAAAGGUUUGGUGGCCCCUUGACCGUAGAUAUUAUGAAGGCACUAUCUCAUCAUAUGAUGCAACUAAUAAAGAACAUAAGGUGGACUAUGAUGAUGGAGACAAGGAGGUUUUAGAUCUGCGAACAGAACAAUGGGAAUUUAUUGGUGAUGAAUAUUCAGACAUUGAUUUAUUUGUUAACAAGAAAACACAAAAUCCGUGUUCGAAUACGCCGAAAAAAGAGGCAUCAGCUGUGUGCGAAAAGGAAGCCACUCAGACCAACCCCAGCAAGAGGCAAGUAAAGCAUGACGGUGAGACUGACGCUGGUGAAGCCAAGAUGCUCGACACUUCGAGUGAGACGAAAAGGUCAAGAUUGUCUGAUGAACAUACGUCUUAACCGUUCUUUUUUGCUACCAGUCUUCCUGCUCUGAUGAUGGAGAAGCUUAGGCGGGUUCUUGAAAAUCCAAUUUUAUCAAGGAUUUCUGUUCUUGUAGCUCCGAUGCUAGAUUAUGACUUAACAAGGGGAUUAGAAGCCCCAGCGUAAUGAAUUUUGUAAGUUAGAGAAUGCUCUAGGAUUAAGUCUUUGACAUUUUUGGUAAUGUAGGCGUCGUAGAGAGUGCUCCAGGACCAGGGGUUUUGUUAUUGUAUAAUGGGUUUUUGUUGCAAAGGGUAAAUUUAAAUCAUCAGCCCCAAGUAGUCACCUUUUUACACAUCACAAUUGAUAUAGAAUUUCUUAUUGUGUACAUUAUUGGGUAUCAAUUACCUUUUUCUUGAAGUUCCUAUCAGUGCAAAAAUGCGGCGACGAUCAUGACUACAGUAAUGAAAAGGUGAUGAGGUAAGAGUGAUAUGAUUAUCAUUACGCCAAUAUUGGCUGAAAGCAUGUGAUAUCCCUUGAAACAGACCAAAAAGCAAUAUUUUUUACAUCUUCACAACGUGAUCGUGUGAAGUGUGAACAAGGAUGUGAUGUGUCCUUGUUUUUGCUCAUCUUGGUCCAUUUCGGGUUUUGGAUCCAAAAAACAUUCCAUUUUAUUAUCCUUUCCCGAAUCACGACAACCCAGCUGCAGGUUAGUUUCGCAAUUAACAGGUAAAUCACUCUAUUCUUCAACUUGUCUAAGAAUGUUCUUGUUUGUCUUUGUUUAAAUUUUUGUUCAUUUAUUUGACUAAUGGUUUAUGAUAGGUGAAAUCAUGAUGAUAGAAGAGGGCUUGGAAGAUGGCACAUUGCAUCCAUGGAGUUUAUUAUUAGACUACUCUUAUUUAAAGAAUGAGAUAAGCAAUUGAUUCCUGUGAGCAAAGUUGAACAUGUUCGGCUUAAGAAAACGAUGGAUGUUGUUUAUGUAGCCGAUGUUCUAUUUGACGAGAUUGCCUUUAUAGCUCUACACAACACGAUUAUGUCGGAUGAUAAACCGAGCAAAGUGGUAUGCGUUUUCUUCUCCUGUUUCAAUCAAUUUGCUUUUGCUUUCAAUUCUUCUCGCAAGGUUAAGAGGAUUAUGCACUCGUUGGAUGAUAUUGCAAGGAUUAUCAUGAAUUUGGCGCUUCACAAAUUUGUAGGAUUGUGACUAAGAGGAGGGAAAAGAACCAUUAUUUUGUGGAAAAAUUGAAACAAAUAAGUAAUUUUAACAAAAAAAAAAAAAAAAACGCUUCGGGUAAACUUAAUUUCAAAAAUAAGCGUCUCUAUGUCCGAGCUUAAGGUCAGGUAUGUUCGCAGUUAUUAACAAUGAACAAAAAAAUUGGUCAAAAAGUCAAAAUUGUUUAUUCGCAAUUAAUAACUGCGAACAAACAAUUUUGAAUUUUUUUUUUUCGUUGUUAGUAACUGCGAACAUACCUGACCUUAGGUACGAACAUGAAGACGCUUAUUUUUGGAAUUAAGUUAACCGAACCUUUUUUUUUAUUUCUUUUGUUAAAAAUACUUAUUUGUUUCAAAUUUUCUAUUUUGUGUAGGUUGAGGAUGUUAUAGGAAGGGAUGAAGGAUUCCUCUGUCUAAAAGGCUUUUCAUUUUGUCACUAAUCACUUUUCAUUUUGAGAAAUUAGUCAAUACAUAUUAUCGUCCACAAUAUUGAUGCUUUCUUUUGUUGAUCUUAAUUUUUAAAGUUGAUUGUAUUAAACUUUUAUUUAUUAACUUAACUUCUUUUUCAAUAAUUAACUGUUAUUGUUUCUCAAUAUUAUUAACUUUAUUUAAGUAAAAUUAUUAUAACACAAAAGCAAUAUAAGAGCUUGAAUCCCAAAAAUUGAAAUAAAUAAGCAAUUUAAACUAAAAAAAAAAAUGAGUUUCGGGUAAACUUAUUUCCAAAAAUAAGCGUCUCUAUAUCCGAGCAUAAGGUCAGGUAUGUUCGCAUUUAGUAAUAGCGAACAAAAAAAUUGGUCAAAAAAGUCAAAAUUGUUUGUUCGCAGUUACUAACUGCGAACAAAAGAAAGAUAAUGUCAUAACGUUAGAAGGGACAGAAAAAGUGAAAAUCAUAUUUGUUCGCAGUUACAAUUUUUUUGUUUUUUAUAACGUUAUGACAUUGUUUCCUUUUUGUUCGCAGUUAUUAACUGCGAAUAAACAAUUUUGACUUUUUUGAACAAGUUUUUGUUCGUAGUUAAUAACUGCGAACAAAUCUAACCUUAGGUUCAGACAUAAAAAAUGCUUAUUUUUGCAAUUAAGAUUACCAAAAGCUCAUUUUUUUAUUUUUUUUUGUUAAAAUUUCUUAAUUGUUUCAAACUUUCAAAUUGAGGUAAGGUUACAAGAAUCAAUAAAUUAGUUCUAAUGGUUAUAUUUGUAUGGAUUUUUCUUUUAAUUUAUUUUGAUUCUUUUUCUACCAUCUCAAUCUGUAAGUCUAGUUCAUUUAUAUCUCUUUUCAUGUUGCCCUCCAUGUCAUACUUGAUUUAUUUGGAUCUCGUUUUUGGAUCUCUCAAGCUCCAACUUUCUAUCUUUUAUACAGAUUUGCUAGUACACUGUCUCUUCACAUGCCAAAUUCAUCUUAAACAAUUGAUCUAUUUCAUCUUUUCAUGAAUAUUUGCAACUCCUAAACCAUUUCUUAUAUAUCUUCGUUUUGAAUUCUAUCCAUUAAGGAAUGCUCACUUAUCUACUGAAACAUUUAUAUGUCCGCUAUUCUCAUCUUCCUACUAUGAUCAUUUCUAAAAGCCGCCCAACAUUAUGAUACAUAUAAUAGUGCUAAUUUUAUAGUCGUUCGAUAAAAUUUACCUUUUAGUUUUAACUGCACACCUCAAUUAUAUUAAGAUUUAUACACUUGGUUAGUAUUUUUAUUUUAAUACAUAUUAUUUCAAAGUGAUUUAUACGCUUGUUUAGUAUUUUAAUUUUCAUCCUAUAUUAAAUAAUAUAUCAGUUAUCUUAGAUCCAACCAAUCCUAUAUUUAAAAACUACUGGCUCAUUUUUUUUUUUACACUUUAAUUGAAAUUAUUUUUGAUUAGAUUGUAGAAAUUACGAGUCUUGUCAUUCUUAUUUCUCUAUAAAACGCUUGAAUUCACUUCUAAUAGUUUUGGGAGUAUCAUGGUAAAAUACAGUCUUUUGCAACUUGUUAUUUCUCAAAACCCUUGAAACUCUAGAAAUAAUCUUAUUUAGUUUUAUUUAUUUUAUUAUAGAUUAGACCGAUGAAAGGUGAGAGAUAUGUGAGAAUUAAUCCUAGAAUCUUAAUUUUAAGUUCUCCGACUGAGACACAGCCAAAUUUACUAUAGCCAAGUCCACAUGAUGUGUUAUAAACUCUAUCACUCUACAUCACACAAGAAUCUCUUUGGAUAGAAAUAUGGAU